GAAUGACAUCACGCGAGCGUGAGAGCCUUCUUUAAAGAUCGCCACCCUCCCCCCUCCCAUUGCCCUCUCCCACAUCUCUCUCUCUCCUUCUCCCUCGUCGUCUUCUUCUCGCCCGGUGGCUAGCUCAGGACUCACGAGGGAGACGUGGUCGUUCGUAGACUGCAGAGGGGAUUGAGAAUUGACAUGUUCCUGAGAUCCAAGGUCCAGGAGAUGAUUCUCAGGAGGAGGUCCAGAUCGAUGAACUCGUCGGCGGCGGCGGUUUCGUGCGACGGCGGCGGCAAGGGUGCUCCAACUCGGGCGGCGCCGUUCGCCUCGCCGAAGCUGCUGCAGCACUCCUCGUCUCUCCCGGCGGGCAGCUGCGGCGCCAUCGGGAGCCCCCUGCGGGACCCCGAUACGCCGCCGCCGCCCCUCUACUCCAUGAGCCCGACCUCCGUGCUCGACGCGUCGGCGGCCUUCGCGGCGCCCGGCUCCCCAGUCGGCGGCGGCAGCACCAGCAAGCGCCGGCCGUGGUGCGACGGCUGCGGCGGCCUCGCCGACGCGCUCGACUGCGACGGCGGGCAGCAGAGGCAGAGGAGGAGCGUCCUGGCGGCCGUGAAGGCGCCGGCGCCGGCUCUGGUCAGGUCGUGCUCCCUGGACCGCCGCGUGGAGUUCGGCGUGAAGAACAAGAGCUCGUGGCUGCCGAUUCACGGCGGCCGCGCCCCGGGGGAAGAAACCAAGGCUGCGGCGGUGUCCCCGGCGCCGGAGGAGAUGGAGUUAGAGAUGGAGCCGUCGUCCGAGGACUACACCUGCGUCAUCUCCCGCGGGCCCAACCCGAGGACCGUGCACAUCUUCGGCGACCGCGUCAUCGAGGGCGCCGGCGAGAGCUCCCCGCGGCAGAUCAUCAACCUCCCGCCGCCGCCGGCCGCGGGUGGAGACAGGGGCUUCUUGAGCUUGUGAUCCGUUGCAUCGGUCCGUAAAAUUCAAGUAAUUCUGUCGAUCUUGUCGUAGAAGUAUUUGUUAUUGAGCCUUGAUCCGUGAUGAUGAGAAUGGUCGUGUAGAGAUGCUUCUCUGAUCAGACGAUCACAUGAUAGACUCUCUCUUGAUCGAUCGGAUGAUCAGACAGACAGAUGGCCUGGUUUUGUAAUAGGAAUUCUUUGCUCCAGCAAGUUUGUACUGUCGUGUACUAGAGCAAAAUUAAUCCGGACCUGUAAAUUAGCUGCUGUUUAGCCGAAUGGAAUGGAAAUGAACCAUGAAAAUUGCAUUGAAUCA